ACGAAUCGCGAGUUCAUCGUGGAUUAUCGCGGCAAAGCAUCAGUAUCGUAAGAACUCUCGUGCUGUGCGGAAGUAAUUGGCCGGAAAGGCCUGAAUUUACAGCUUCAGACACCGUUCUCUCGUAAGGUCACCGUGAAAUUGUAAUUCAAGAAACGAUCAGACAACAUGACUACAGUGCAACCGGUCCAGUCAAAUGGAGUAAUAAAAGGGUUCGCAGUAAACGAUAAGGAAACCGUAAAAAAUGGUACUUAUGCGACUUGCACUGAAACCGGUCUUGACGGACCUGAACAAAUCCUUCCUACGGAUGACACGGUUACAUCACUCGCAAAUGGUCGCGUACAACUACUAUUAGAUAAUGACGGUAUAGCUUCAAAAAGACCCAUAUCAAUACCUGGUUUACUGAUGCAAACAGCUACCAAUUAUCCAAAUCAAAUUGCUCUGGUUACAAGGCCUGGUGACGACGGGAACAGGAAAAUAUACACUUACAAGGAAUACGAGAAUACAGUAAGAACCGUGGCAAAAGCUUUCUUAAAGUUGGGCUUAGAGAAGUAUCAUAGUGUCUGCAUUAUAGGAUUCAAUAGUCCGGAAUGGGUCAUUUCAGAUAUUGCUGCUAUAUACGCAGGAGGAUUUGGGGUGGGCGUGUACACUACAAACAGCCCGGAAGCAUGUGAAUAUUGCGCUAUAACUAGUCGUGCAAAUAUAAUAGUGGUUGAAGAUUCGCGGCAAUUAGAGAAAGUACUUAAAAUAAAGAAAAAUCUCCCCCACUUAAAGGCAAUUAUCAUGUACGAAGAGACACCACAGGAAAAAGAUGUGUUGGGCUGGGAUGAUGUACUUAAAAUGGGAGCAGAAGAGCCUGAUGAUAAAUUAAACGAAGCUCUGAAGAAAAUUGCAGUGAACGAAUGUUGCACUUUGGUUUUCACGUCAGGUACAGUUGGGAACCCGAAAGCUGCGAUGUUAAAUCAUGAUAAUUAUGUAUUUACUGCAUACACCACUGUUAAACAACUUAAUCUCCAGAUGGGAACCGAAAUUCUAGUUAGCUAUUUACCAUUAUCGCACGUUGCAGCACAGCUAGUCGAUAUAUAUUCCUGCAUGGCCGUUGCGGGCACGUUACAUUUUGCGGAGAAGACUGCACUUAAAGGUACUUUAGUCCAAACCCUAAGUUUAGUGCAACCUACUGUCUUCUUGGGCAUACCUAGAGUAUGGGAGAAGAUUUACGAAAAAAUGCAAAUAGUUGCCAGUAAUAAUGGAAUAAUAAAAACUUGGAUUUCGUCUUGGGCAAAAGCACAAGGACUUUACUACAAUCUGAAUAAAAUUAAUGGCACUGAUUACAAACACUGGGGUUACUUAUUUGCCAAAUGGCUAGUAUUUAACAAUGUGAAGGCAGCGCUUGGUUUCAAUAGAUGCCACAUUUUUCUGUCUGGGGCAGCACCUUUAAGUUUAGAAAUUAAGCAAUACUUCAUGAGCUUAGAUAUUCUUAUAUGUGAUGCAUACGGAAUGUCUGAAAGUAGUGGCCCACACAGUAUGUGUACUAAUUACGAAUACAGACUCGGUAGUAUUGGUAAAACAUUACCUGGAUUCGAAACAAAAUUGAAUAAACCAGAUGCUGUGGGUGAAGGGGAAAUUUGUAUGCGCGGUCGACACGUAUUUAUGGGAUAUUUAGGCGAAUAUGAAAAAUCCAUAGAUGCUUUAGACAAAGAUAGAUGGCUGCAUACUGGUGAUCUAGGCAAGAAAGACUCGGACGGAUAUAUAUUUGUAACAGGAAGAAUAAAAGAAUUGAUUAUUACUGCUGGUGGAGAGAAUAUAUCACCAGUUAACAUAGAACACUUAAUGUUAGCUGAAUUACCUGCAUUGAGUAAUGCUAUAUUAAUUGGAGAUGGAAAAAAGUAUCUUACCAUGUUGGUUAGUCUAAGGACUGAAAUGGAUGUUCAUACUGGUGCACCAAAAGAUACAUUUACAUCAGAUACAUUACGAUGGUUACAGUCUAUUGGAAGUAAAUCGAAAACAGUAGAUGAUGUUAUAAAAACUCAUGAUCCACUUGUGUAUGAAGAAAUUGAUAAAGCUAUUAAAAGAGUAAAUAAUAAAGUUAUAAGUAAUGCACAUAAGGUACAGAAAUUCCGAAUUUUGCCACAUGACCUCUCAAUUCCAACUGGAGAAUUAGGCCCAACACUUAAACUCAAAAGGAAUGUUGUUUACAAAAUGUAUGAAAGUUUGAUAGAAGAUAUGUACAAGUAAAUAUUUUAUACAUAAAAGUGCAAAAUGUGUCCUCAAGAGAUUGUUCCAAUACCAUUAAAAAAGUAAAUAUUGAAGCAACUGCAAACAUGCCUAUAUAAAGUGCUUUGAUAUUGAAGGUAAUUGUGAUAUUAUACAAGUAAACAACCUAACCUGUAAUGUAACAGUGAUUUAUUUUUUACACAUUUCAAAAAAUUAUUUAAAUUUCAAAACUAUACGAUUAUUACUUAAGUUGUAUAUUAACAUCAAAUGGUACUUUUUUGGUUAUUAAAUACUUUAAUAGAAGGAAAUAUAACUUAAGUAUAACUAAUUGUACGUUUUAUAAGAAUCUCUAUUCUUGUAUUGAACUGUGAAUUAUGUACAAAUUAUUCUUUAAAAUCGACAUAUAAUGUAUAAUAUAUUUAAGAAUAUGUACUAAAUAUACAUUAUAAUGUAAUUUAGAAAAGCAAAUCUUAUAUAUCUUUGGUAUGAUCAAAUUGAAAGUGUCACACUAAGAAGAUGUAUAGUUCGGGAAAUUUCAAUUGCGCGUGCGUCCCAAUUGUUUUUCAUUUCAUACUAUUCUAAUUAAACAAAAAUUUCAUACACAUACAUAUGUCCUUUUGGCGUGACACUUUCAAAAUUAUAUAAUUUGUUGUAACAACGUAGUUUGUUACUAAUAUAUUAGUUUCUUUGACAAUAAAUGUUGGUCUGAUUAUUUUUUAUUAUUCGAUCAAAUAUAAAGUGAAAAAAAAAAUAAACUAAGUGGAGUUAAAAUUUUCUCAAAAUAUGGUAAUAGAUAAGUGCCUCUAUGAAUAAAAAAUGUGACAUUAGUAUAAACAUGAAUUUGUAAGCAAACAUUAUUGUUAACAAUAAUGUGUAUUUACCAAAGUACAUAAAUAUAAAUAAACAAUUUAAUAGUACUGAACAGAACUAAAAUAUAUUCAGUACUAUCAUACUAUUCAUGUAUGUAUAAGAGAGCACUGUGUUGAAUGCAUCAAUGGGUAACAUUACUUAAAUCAUGCAAGGAAUGCAGAAAUUAAUUUAUGUUUAGAAAUGUAAAACAUUAAAGUAAUCCAAACACUUCUUUUAAGUAAACACAACGAAUUUCUCUGUACAUUCUCACUACUGUUUAUUUUCUUAUGAUAUUUUAUAAUUAUGCAAAGUGUAUUGUAAUCAAAUGAGGAAAUAAAUAAUAACUGAAAAUA